AUGCUAUCGCCCGCAAACCUGGAUGAAAUUAAGGAACGCAUUAGCAAAAAUGAAGAGAAAAUCAACGUCCUGCAGGCAAUCAACAACGUGCUGAAGGAGCGCCACGAAAUCGAAUCGAACUACAAAAACCUGGCGCACAAGUUCAAGGAAAUGCAGGACGAGGAGGCGCUCCGCCGGGCGAAGGUAUGUAGUUUCGAUGAGGCGCGCAAGAAGCAAUUGGCGGAGCUGCAGGCGAAGGGAGAGGCACUCUGCCGGGAGAAGGCGAAGUUGCAGCACCAGAUCGAGCACGUUACCUGGCACCUGGAGGGAUGCCGGCGACGUCGACCCUGCCUAGCACGGCUGCCCGAGAACUGUCCGCUGAAGGGUGAUGCACCGAGCUGCCUGCCCCACUCACCGGAGAAGCUGAAAAUAAUGGCGAACAUGAAAAGCACUGCGGACCAUCUCGUGCGCGGUAUCAUGGAUCUGAGGAAGAAAAUCCACAUUGUUCAAGACAAGCUGGAGCACGAAGUCGCCCGCAAGAAGGAAAUGGAGAAGAAGCUGGCGGAGCUGCGUAAGGAGAUCUGUCGCCACAACAAGUGCAUGCAGCAGCAGCAGCAGCAUCAGCAGCAUCAGCAACACCAUCACCAUCAUCAGCAGCACGGGCAUCACCAUCAUCACCACCACCAUCACACGGUGCCGGGUGGUGGAGGUGGCGGGGGCGGCGGGGGUGGUGGCCACGGGACCACUUCGCUGCCACCGAUCGCGAAGAACUGCAUCGCGACCAAAUAG